AUGUUGUCUCCAAGGAUAAUGUCGAGCCCGCAGAUGAUACAGGUGAGGCGGGUGUCAUCAGGUUCAAAACUCAACAAAAGAGCAUACACAUCCAUUUUCACAUCUGUGUUUUUGUUCUUUUCCUUGGGAUUAUUUUACCGAAUAUGCAACAAACCGAAUGACCUCGAACUGAAAGAGGUCGCUAUCUUGAGACCGUCUUCCGUUGCAGAAGUGCAGUAUAUCUUACCCAAAAACCAAGUUCGAUUGGCUGAGCAGAGAACGGAAGAUAGUUACAGAACGGUGUUGGAAAGAAUUGCGCUUUUCCAUAACUAUCUGGAAGAUCUCGACGGCAAUAUUCAUGAAUAUCCAUGGAACGCUCACAUGAGACAAGCUAAGGAAGAAGAAGCAACCAAGUUUGAAGAGGAAACUCAAAAACCGGAUUCUGAUGAGUCUAUACCGACAUCCGAAGAAAAGGAAACAGAAUCUUCCGACGUGCCUGGAGUUUCAGACGUAACUGAGCAGGAAAGUCAACAUGUGCUUGAGCAAGACCAUAAGAGCGAGGAAAACAGCCCUAGGAUUGUUGAAAUCAUUGAAAACGAUAAUUUGGACGAAGGGCAAGAUGAAAGCAAAACCAGCGAGACAAAUGAGUCCGAGAUUGUUGGUAAUGCCGAAUAUAACGAAGAACAAAAUGAGGAAAGUAACAGUGGGACCACGCAAGAAGAGUCUCAAGUUAGUGAAGUUGCCGAGAAAGAAGAACACAAUACCCAAUCUAGCGAAUCAGAUGAAUCUAGCUCCCAGGACCAGGAGCCCCAGGGAGUCUAA